AUCUCACCCCCAAUCCAAAUGGAGUGUUAAUUUUUCAUAUUGUAUCAAUUUAGUCUAAUUGAUAAAGUCUCUUUAGAAAUCUAACUAAAAGGAGCAAAAUAGUCCAUUCUGAUUUGAAAUGGUUCAAUCCCUUUUGAAUGGACUAUUUUUCCCUUGAUUUUUGUCCAAUUUUUUAACCAAUGUUUUAACUAGACUAAAUUAACAUAAUGUGAAAAAUUCAAAGACAAAAUUGAUACAAUUGGAACUACAAGGACCAAAUUGACACCAGAGUCAAAUUAUAGGGACCAUUUGUAUAAUUUGCCCAUUUAUUUAUUUUAACUGAGCACAUAAUCUUGACAGUGGGGAAUGGCGACCCACCUGAUUGGGACACAAGCUUGGUUUGAUUUGGUUAUCUAAGUUUUAUCUCAAAUUUUAGCUGGAUUAACUAUUUUUUGUGCUCCCCCCAUCCAUGGUUUAUAGAUAGUCAUUGCAUAUUAUCUAUUCUCCUCUGACUAGAUUUUUUUUAGUAGAUAAAAUUUAGUGAUCAAUUUCUUUAAGAAUAUUAUGGAAGUGACCAAUUGCUUAAUAUUUAUGUCUUGAUUUGGCUUGGUAUCCAGUACUUGAAGCAUAAGGAACAAGAUGCAUUAUUUGAGGCCUUGCAAAAAAUAAAAGAAGAAUUGAUGCUUUUGGGAUUUAUUUCCCUUCUUUUAACGGUCUCCCAAGGUCCAAUAAGCCGCAUAUGCAUCCCUGCUCAUCUUGCAUCUUACAUGCUUCCAUGCAAGUUGGAAACUGCUGCCUCAAGUAGCUCUGGGAAUAACCAUGAACAAUAUUUUCAGCAAACUAUGACAAAUGGACGGCGGCUUUUGUUCACAGAGACUGGUUACAGCCAAUGUACCCGCAAGGGAAAGGUUCCUCUGUUAUCGUUAGAAGCAUUACACCAGCUGCACAUUUUCAUCUUCGUAUUGGCAGUUGUUCAUGUCAUCUUUUGUGCGACUACCAUGAUUCUUGGAGGUGCAAAGAUACGUCAGUGGAAGCGCUGGGAGGAUUCAAUUAGGAGUGAAAUAUCCAUGCCACGCUCUGUUCACAGUCAUGCACGCCAUCAUCAAAUUUUCAAGCAUCGUGCGGAUGGAUAUUGGAGAAGGUCAGUUGUCAUAAGUGGGAUGGUGAGUUCGCUUAUCUAUGGAUGCUCAACAACAGUACUCAAAUUUUUUGUAAUAAAUUUUUGAAUUCAUUCUAGCUUCUGCAAACCAAUCAGCUAGAAUUUACAAAUCAGCUAGAAGUCUAUCUUGUACAACUUAAAUGUGCUAAAUCAUUCAUUUGUAUAUGUGAAAUAGUUUUAAACUUUCACAUUUAAGACAAAGAGAUGUGGAGAGAAACACUUGAAUCUAAAGGAUUUAGGAUAAGCAGAACUAAGAUAGAAUAUGCGGAGUGUAAUUUUAGUAACAAUAAUAAUGGAAGCAAAGAAGAGGUGAAGAUUGAGGACCAAGCAUUACCUAAGAGUGAACAUUUUCAUUAUUUAGGAUUGAUUAUUACAACGGCUGGGGAGAUUGGAGCGGAUGUGGUCCAUAGAAUUAAGGCGGGGUGGCUUAAGUGGAAGAGUGCUUCUAGGGUACUGUUUGAUAAACAAGAACCCACUAGACUGAAAGGGAAGUUCUAUGGAAUGGCUAUAAGACCAACGAUGUUGUAUGGGACGGAAUGUUGAGCAACUAAGAAACAAUAUGUAGAUAAGAUGAGUGUUGCUGAGAUGAG